CAUAUGAUAACUUGCUUUUCUUCUGCGCUCUGUGCAGUUGCCAGUUUGUGUUGAACAAGUUUUAUACUAAAUCAAGAAUGGCAAGCCAAACUCAAGGAAUUCAACAACUUUUAGCUGCUGAGAAAAGGGCUGCAGAGAAAGUUGCUGAAGCGAAGAAGAGGAAAGCCCGUAGGCUGAAGCAGGCAAAAGAAGAGGCUCAGGAAGAAAUUGAGAAGUACAGGCAGGAACGAGAGAAACAAUUUAAAGAAUUUGAAGCAAAACACAUGGGCUCCCGGGAAGAUGUCGCUGCACGAAUUGAAGCUGACACUAAAGUGAAAAUCGAAGAAAUGAACAGGGCUGUGACUCUUCACAAAGAAGCUGUGAUUCAGCAGAUUCUGGAAAUGGUGUACGACAUCAAGCCGGAACUUCAUCAGAACUUCCGGGCGAUCGCUAAGUGAACAUUCCUCACAGAGAAACAGUAUUCUUGUACAAGUGUUCCAGCGCAACAAAACAUCGUCAUGUGUCAUUGAAAAUUUAGAAUAGUGAAGAAACUAAAAUUGUUGGUAGCUUAGUGUAUUCCGUUCCGUACUGAUCCCAUCUAUUGUGACGUUACCAUUUACUCUUCCUUUUGGAUUGCAUUCCUCAUUGUUGUUGCAAAAUUUAUAUUUUAUUUAAUAUGUGUAUUAAUGGUGCAGGUUAAGUUGUGACUGUUGAAUAAAACAAUCUUGUUUA